UCAGGCAAUCACCAACACGAGCCUCGACAGUCCCAUCCUCCUCGAUGAUCGGGGAGUAAGUAACAAGAGGACUGUCAGUGGAGGGAAGUGGUGAGAGGGUAGGCGUCAGUCGAGAAGCAGUGUCAGCAGGAGGGGGGGGGGGAAAGGAGGAACAUGGGGGUAAGGUGAAUCUGGAGGAGAGGGAAACACAUGAGAAAGGACAGCUCCUACUGCAAAAUUUGACGCAUCGGUGAUGACGAUAAAGGGACGAUCAAAAUCGGGAAGGCGAAGAACCGGCGCACAGGUCACCGCCUUCUUGAGGGCGCGAAAGGCGUCCUCGCACAGGAUGUCGUCUGGAAGUGUCAGUGAGACGAUCGUUGUCAGCGACCUCAACUACUUCAGAAGUCUGCGAAGUGUAGUUGUUGCCGCAGAUGAGAACAUUUAUGGUUUAGAGUGGUUUGGCAACAUUGGGCUUCCCAGAUACCUCUACCUUCUGGUCCCCGAAGACGUUCGCGCUCUUAGUGUCAGCACGCCUCUGUCUGCUCGCCUGGCCUCCCAAGAGCGAAAGUGCGGCUUCCUUCGUAGUUCGGAUGUCGACGGCCUAAUACGGGCCACGACACCUGGAACCGGCUGGGGAGGAUUCACUGCAGUGAUUGCGAUUGGAAGCUUGAGGGUUUUUGACGACAUUAAACGAGGCUUGGUACCACCUAACACUGUUUUCUCGACCCUCGGCGAUGGCGCUGAGGGAGCGGACGACGUUAUUCCUCUUGGUACCAUCGUCUCGUUCGACAAGAUUUCUGGAGGUUUGCUAAAACUACACAAUAACGUCUUGUACGACGAGUGCAGACUGCUUUUUAGAGGUGUUAAGGGCGUGAUAGUGGCCAUCAAGCGUUUCGCGGGUUACGGGUCGAACAUGCCGCUGUGCCGUCACUUCGCAAGGCUUUUUGAUGGCUACGGCAAGCGUCUCCCGCCGCCAAAGGAAUACCUCGAUCUCUCGCUGAAGGUCCCAAAAGGACGUCCGGUUCUUCCGCGAGAAUAUGUUUUCCGGCUUCUGACGGCCCAUGAGGGGUCGUCCGGCUUGGCUCAAGAAAACCCUGAGACGCCUGUGGGGUACAGGAGUGCGAUUCACGGCACUGGGGGUCAGGGCAAGGGGCACGCGGGCGGCAUUCAGAUGCAGGUCGGCUCGGAUGCUCCUGGGAACAUGUCAAACUUGCAUUUUCCAGAUGCAGGGACUAUAUGGGUCGGUACUCCGAAAAUCCUCAAGGUCUUCUGCCAGAGCGACACGUAUUCGCUUCGAGAUGAGACGAGAAGAGAAUCCGACAGAUCGAGGCAAGAGGUUGGAGGGAAUGAGGCUGAAGGGAUGGACGCUGUCCGUGACCGCUCUGGCAGGGAGCCGACUUCUUCGGAAAAGAAGCGCGAGCAACAGAGGAUGGUGCGAGAAGAGGUGGCGGAAGAAACCCGCCGCACUAAGAGGAUGAAAGGACGUCGGAAAACGUGCCUCGGAAAGGAGGACGCCAGAGAUGCGUGGCAGACAAGAACUAGGAGACACGCUAUGGGUGGAGGAGAUUCGGCUCAUCCAGGCGCUGCCGCUGCGAGAGAGCCUUCGGAGAAAUCCAAGAGGAAAUUGGCAGCUGAAGAAGGCGAUGGCCAGAAGAAACCUCGCAGGAGGAAGACUGCUGAGGCGGCGAGCGGUGGCGAACGGGCUGUCGGUGGGCGGUACGACGAAGCGGCAGCGUUCAGUUUCGAAUACGAGCGGAACCAUGAUGGUGAGAUUGUGGAGAAGGAGCUCCCCGUUCAACUGCUCAUCUAUCCCAGGAAGGUCUGCGACAUUCCGCCGUGGGGGAGAUAUUACAACCACCGCAGUCUCAGUUGCGAUGGUGUGGAGGACAUCAAGGAAGCGAUCCUAAGGCAGUUCCACGAGGAAAAGGGGAAGAUCUGGAAGAAAAACCCUUUGGUUCUGGCACCCAUCUACAUGCCGGUGACGCAUAGACCAGAGAAAGCUGAGAGGGUUCACAAACAUGUCUUCAAGCCAGAGGACAAGGACAAGUACUUCUAUUACCCUGUCAACGGACAACACACCGUGACUGGUGUGAAGGAGUUGGACGGUGAGCCAAUAUUCGAAUUGUCGAAGAUGCAGUAUUGGCCAGCGAGAGUCGUCUGGUUCUCCGACGAAGACUUCGGGGGGUAUUUGAAGGUCAGUCUCAUGGAGAACAAAAGACACAAGAUGUCUAAGCAGUGUGCACAGAAGGCCGCUUUGGAGGACAUGAGGGAGGCAUGGGAGAAUAAAGGAAGCGGCUAUCAUAUGCCGGCAAGCAUGUGCCCCAAUGCCAACCCCAACAGUUGUGGUGGACGGCUGACACGUGGGCAGGCAGAACACCACUGUACCUUGACGAGGGCAAAACGCACACGAUGGCGCAGCUCUUCGACGUGGCGCAGUUCUUCGACGAGGCGCAACUCUUCGACGAGGGCAAAGCGCACAAGAUGGCGCAGCUCUUCGACAAGGGCGAAGCUCACACGAUGGCGGACAAUUGCUGACGCAGAACGUAAGGACGGGGUGUCGAAGCUCCGACAACUGGAGUACAUGAGCGGUCGAAAGGACGGGAACGAGGCGACGAUGAGAGGAAACCGAGACGCCCACGCUUGCAGACACGUGGCGCGACAGCGGAGCAGCGAAGUCAAUGGAGGACGUCGCGGACGUGACAUCGCGCGCAAAUGCGCUCAUCAGGCAGGAGAUAGAACUCAUUGUGGCGGUUUUAUUUUGACGCGUGAAUUUUUCGACAUGUUGGAGGACAAGAACAUCGUUCUCGACGUCCCCUGCGACGUCGGCUCCUCCCAAGAACUCUCGUUGUCAUUAAGGUUAUGCGGUUGCGAGUCAAGCGGGGCAGCGACAAAGGGCGGUGAUUUAGUUUCUGGUCCCGCUACUCAGCUGCACCGUGGCGAGAGUCGAGGGUGUGGAGGAGGGAACCGCGGGCAGCCUGGGAACGCAAGGCACUCCACAGAAGAGGAGGGGGGGUCGUACAAACGAGUUCGCCCGUUCUACGAAGAAAUUAAAGAGCAAGGCCCCGAGGAUUGCGGGGGGGAGAAACGCAAGGGGACCGAGGAAGAGCAGGGCCGGCAGGGUGUCAAAUGUCCAGCUUUGAAACAUAAACUGGCUGCGUCAGGACCAUCCACUCCACAGGCGCCACGGCCUCUCAUCGACGUCAACGCCGGGUACUUCCUCGAGUACAAAGACGGAAUUCAAACUAAGCGGGAGUUCAAGAUUAGCCCUGCGGAGGUCGUCGACCUCGGGGAGUGGGAGGACCUAUACAACCAGCGGUCCCUGGAUCCCGUGCUCGUGGAAGGGAUCAAAGAAGCGAUGCGGUUGGUGUUCGAAAACAAAGAGCAGUCUUUCGAGUUACCAACCCUGAAGCUGGCACCGCUAGGGCUUGAUACACCAACUCCCGGGACCAAGGCACAACGUCUGAGGCCGGAGGAUUGGAGGGAUGAGCUGGCGGGACAAUACUACUACUACGCGGUGUGUGGGCAACACAACGCGGUUGCAGCGAGGUCGCUACUCGGGAGCAAGGUGGCCAGGAAAUACAAUUUCAAGUGGUGGCCUGCAUUCGGGGAACGACUUCGAAUGCUACUUCCUUGUCAGUUCCCAGGACAACAAGAAGGACCUGAAGGCACCCCCGAGACAGCUGCAGCUGUCAAUGAAAGACAUUCCGUGGGAGUGGAAGCGCGACAGUUGCCCGCGAGCUGUUAUGGGGAAGCCCAACUGAAAACAGGAUCAGGUCCGGAAGUGGCGUGAAUUCUGUAAUGUCGCGCUCAGUAUGAC